CGAUAUCGGUGUACGGAAAAGUACGAGCGCUUCAUCGCGCGAGUGUCAGUGAGUGAAAAAUGUAGAACCUGCGGAUCGUUCCAGAUUCGUUCAAUGAAAAGGUGAAAAACCAGUUUAGAUUUGAUUAGAAAAUAUCGCGACGGCUAGCGAAUAGUGAUAUCUCACGAAAUUCACAUCGGAAAGCGUCGAUUGCGCACGAGUGUCCCUAAAUAACAACAAAUACAUUUGAGGAUUAAAGUAAAAGUUCCACGCCACAGUCAAUCGACGAUAAUGUCGGUGAAAGUUUUCUUCGAAAUUGGCCACGAGGCAUCGUUGAAGAGCCGUGCUACACCGGAAGGCUACACUCACGAUUGGGAAUUGUUCGUCAGAGGAUACGAAAACUGUGACAUCAGUCAUUUCGUAGAUAAAGUAGUCUUCAAUUUGCAUGAUUCCUUCCCGAAACCGAAACGAGUGGUCAAAGAACCACCGUACGUAGUGAAAGAGGCUGGCUACGCUGGAUUUGUUCUGCCGGUGGAAAUAUACUUUAAAAAUAAAGGCGAUGAGCCCAAGAAGAAGGUAUACACAUACGACCUCGAUCUGCAGUCUUACAAAAUUCAACGGGAAGAGUACAUCGUAACCAACCCAUCGGACGAUUUCAAACGGAAACUGCUUAAAGGUGGUGGAGUGCUGUUAAACAACACGAUGCCUUCGUCGUCCAGCUCGGCAGAUUACAAAAACCGUCACAGCAACAGCGGUGGUGGUGGUGGUGGUGGUGAAAAGACUACCUCGUCGCAGGAUAAGAAGUAUAAGAAAAAUCCAGGCGACGAUUCCAAAGUACAGAAUACAUUCGCGAAUCUGUUCGGGCCUCCCAUUACCAAAGGUAGCAAUAAGGUUUCGCCUGAUCCAAAGCAAAGCUUAUCCUCGUCAUCGAGCAAAUCGUCGCCAAAUACUGGAACUGCUGCCGUCGGUGGGAGCAGCAAGAGUCAACAGGCAAACCAGAAAAGUGAUCGAUCUAGCUCAAGCUCCUCCGUUAAGGACAAAGACAAACCUGAGAAGGACAAAUCCUCCAAACAUAAGCACACUAGUCCCAACAAAGAGAAAGAAUCAAAAAAGUCAUCUGCAAACGAAGAAAAGCAUAACAAAGAAAAGAAAGAUAAAAACCAUUCGAAGGAACGGGAUAAGACGAAAGACAAAAGUUCCAGUUCGUCAUCUGCGUUCUCGAAAAGGCCCAGUAGUCCAAAGAGAAGUAGUUCGGCCGCCCUGCAACCAACUCCCUCGGUAAUGACGAAUAGUCCUUCCUCGAAGCGGCAUGCCUCACCAGCGGCGCCGCCAGCUGGCGCAAUCUCAGCCACCAGUGGCAGUGGCUCUUCCAAGACGGAAGACAAAUCCUCAACCAAACACAACAGUGAAAAGGAGAAAAAGAAAGAGAAGAAAGAGAAAAGAAGCUACGACAAAGAGAAGGAACGAAGCGACAAAAAGGAUCGUGAUGUCAAAAAAGAAAAAGAACACCAGAAGGGUAGUGAUGUCGCUGUGGACAAACCAAAAUCUGAUCUCAUUAAACCUAGCAAAUUGGAUGCUGCUAAACUGGAAUCUAAAAUGUACUCGAAGGAGAAGAAAAUCUCAGAGGAACCACUGAAGCAGGCACCAGCGGAAAGCGCUGCGUUGGCAACUGCUGUACCGCCAACGGUACCGGAUGUUCCGAAGAGAAUGGACAAGUCAGAAACAAAGGAAAAAGAAAAAGAAGAACGAAAACACAAACAUAAGAAAAAGGACAAAUCCAAGGAUAAGGAAAAGGAUCGAUCUUCCAGUAGUAAAGACAAAAAGGAGAAAAAGGACAAGGAAAAAUCCUCAAACAACAAUAAGUCGACAUUUUCCGCACCGGCCAGUAAAGAACCGGAAGUCGUAUCACCAGUGAAACCUGCUAAAUUGAUUGAUCCCACCAAAUCAGUCACACAGGAAAGAGACAACCAGUCGCUGCCAGUACCCGCCAAAGGCGCAGCACUGACUGCACUACUGGAACAUCGUGGCGGUAACAGUAGCGACUCGGAAGCCGACAGUCCACCUUCGUUAAAUCCAGAUAAAGAUUCCGAAAACUCGAACAGCAGUAUAACCGAGGUGCUUGCCGCAAGACCACCAUCGGCUGCUUCCUCCAGUGCGUCUUCUAGUGUUACGAGGCAGUCGGAGCAAAGGCACACAGCGGAACCGCCGCCCCCGGUGGAACCGCAGAAACCCGAAAAGACACAUCACAAAACUAAGAAAGAUAAAGUGAAAAAUGCUUCGACAGAGAAUAAAGAGGAAGGCAAAAAACGAAAACGACGGAAUAAGGACGCUGAUGUUGACAAGGAUAAGGACAGCAAGAAAGCAUCAGCGGCGAUAGCUGCCGUGUCAUCAGUUGCUCACCGGAGUCCUUCGCCCUCGACACCCCCUCCGACGUUGAUGGAACCUCCGGUAAAAAUACCGAAACGGGAUGACCAUUACAAACGUGAUGAAUCGUCUCCGCUUCCCAACAACAACUCCAAAAUUCUACCACCAGAAGAUACCGGAACAACCUCUGCUUAUUACAACAACAAUAACACCUCCUCGGCACCGAUGGCUUCGCCGGCUCUUCCGCCUCCCUCUUCACUUCCCCAGUCGAACAGUUCCAGCAGUGCAGCCACUAUGAACAAUCUGUCCGGUGAUUACAUGUCGGAAUUGAAGGACCUUCAGCACAAAAUAAUGACCCUGCAGGACAACAACGAGUUGCAGCGUGUGGUGGAGAUGAUCGCUGCCACCGGGUGUUACGAAAUUACGAGCGCUACGUUUGACUUUGAUCUGUGUGCCCUGGAUCGCCACACGGUACAGCGGUUGCAGGAAUUCUUUGCGACAUCCUGUUCAUCCUGACAGUAAAAAUCCCUCGAAAUUUUUUUUCCUGUGCACUGCAGCACCAACAACCAACAGCUGUAAGUUCCUUCCUCGUUCUUCUCGAUCGCUCGAGUGUAUGUUUUAAUUCUGUCGGGUCACCCACCCACGGGCGUAGAUUUCCUUCAUUUUGCCUUGACCUAUUUUUAACUUAUUAUACUUUUAUUGGUCGUGUUAUUUAUUUUCCCCUCGGUUAAGAGCUUCGCGCAAGCUUCAGAUUCGAAUCGAAAAAUGCAUCCGCGAGUCUAACAAGAAAAAAUGCUCGCAUACAUGUGUAAUUUUAUGAUCAACAACAGAAAAGUUUAUACAAAAGCGUACAAAUUACAUUUGAUUAUCAGGUAUGGUGUGUUAUGGUGGACUGGUUCUCGGACCGGAACAGUAAAAUCUACGAUUGUAUACUUGUAUAUACAGUUUCCUCUAGGUUUAGGCUACAUAAUUAUAUGUAAAAAGUAACGUACUGAUCAUGGACAAAAUUGGAACAAGAUAGAAUAAAUUUACUUUAAACGCUGGAUGAAAGGAACAGCAAUGGAAGUUGCAGCAACAGUAUGUGCGUAUGGCUAAUGAUGUACAAUACUCACAGCACAGAGAAAAAUUCGCUUGGUUUUAUGUUUUGUAUUUUUUUUGUUUGGUUUCCGCUAUCAAAAAUUUUGCAUUGUAGUAAAGUUCAUAAAUCUAUGUCCUUAUCACAACUGGAGUUGCCGAAAACAAUAUGUAGUCAUUUUCUCGGAAUGUUGUUGUUUUCUUAUUACUUAAAAGAUAAUUUCAAAUACUGUACCAAAUGGUCACGAAUGCAAACAACGUGGAAAGAUAUCAGAUUUGUCAAUUUUGGUUUGGUUCAUUAUAUCAUAGAAGCUUCCAUUAUUUCCAAUGUGACUAAUCACAAAGUUUGUGCAGACACUCUGCUUUUGAAAUCGUAGAAUUCUUGUCUGUGUGGUGUCAAGUUUGAUUGACAUUACCCAUAACAACGCAACUUGAUUUGGUCAGCGCCGCCAGUAUAUCUUGUUUGUGCUUGUUUAGACCUGGCUUUUCUGAAUGGGUCAUUUCGCAGAAAGAGUUUGCAUGCUCAUUGCAGUUAAUCGUCGUUUGAAAGCGCAACUAAUCGAAGCCACAUCUGGUAAUUGCGUCGAGCAGGUUUAAGUGCGUUUGAAACUGGUCCAUUUUUCUCUCUAUCAGUCGCAGCAAAAAAUGUCUUCCACUCAUGCACUAUCCGUAAAUGAAAUUUAGGUCAUGGGAGACAAACUUUCCCAGCAUGAAAUGGCAUACUGUUCGAGACGGAAAUCUGUUGACCGAUCACACAUCAGUGGCGGACAGGUAGAAGGAGCACUUCACGCGGCUAUUAAAUGGACAAUCGGUAGAAGAGAGGACAAACCGAAUGAGGUUUGAAGAUGAUGGACAAGCUGUGGAACCACCCACGCUAGACGAAAUACGAAGAGCGGUUAGACAGCUUAAAAAUGGAAAGGCCGCUGGGAAGGACGGGAUCCCGGCUAAACUUCUAAAAUGAUCUGGGAAGGAGAGGAAAUGCCUUCGGACUGGCUGGCUGGUCUCAUAUGCCCCAUCUACAAUGAACCAGAUAAAGUCCCGUAGUCUCCAGACACGCACAAAACUUGCUCUAUACAAAUACAAAUACUAUCUGUUACCAAUACGGCCACGAGGCAUGGUCGUUGAAGGAAACAGAUGUUCGAGUACUCGGUGUCUUUGAGAGAAAAAUCCUGCGAUCAAUACUCGGCGUUAAAAAAGAGAAUGGAGAUUGGCGUAGACGCAUGAAUCACGAGUUGUAUCAAACAUACAAACAUGCGGACAUUGGAAGGCUUUUAAAACACAGUACCAUGCUCGAAACCUGUCGUUAAUGGAAAUAAUCGGAUGUUAAAUCUUUGCUUUUCAAAUAGAGACGAUAUUGCACCAAAGAUUAGCGCUUUGCCGUUCCCUCUGGUGAAUUUUGUUCGACACCAUCCUCCAAUACUAAUUGUGCUUGACUCAAAUCGCUUACAGAACGCCUACACCACAACGGACAUCAUCUGCUAGCAUUUUAGUAGUGCCGACUAAACCAACAUGUCCGACUUCUCUUGGCGCAAAUCGACUGGGAUGAAGUUUUCGAAAACGAUGAUGUCAAUGCUGCUGUUCAGACGUGUAGUGUAACGAGCUCCGUGAUCGAUAACUUUGUACCGAAACGAUCGAACCGGCAGACCGUUGAAGAGAGAAAUUUGAAAAUGACCAAAAGAGCCGUUCUAAAAAGAUACUCUAAACAUAGAGGAUUUACCCUACGUAAUCACUAGCAGCGAGGAUGGCUUUUAUCGUAUCAAAGAACGCUCACUAGCAACUCGUUACACGAUUCAAUCAGUACCAUCAAAGAGAGACGGAUAUCAUCGCAGCAACAAAAAAUCGGCAUGGUUCAUUUAACAUAGAAUAGACACCUGUGCGAGAGUGAAUUCCUCUCGAUGACCCGUCUGAGCAUCACGAGUUAGCACGCUGCUGUGAGGAUUCUCUCUGAAGCAACAAACAGUCGCUUAUUCUCGUCUCGCGAUCCGAUUCUGUAUGGGCUGUGGAUAAUUGCGAUAGAAUCAUUUUACUAUUGCCGCUUAUUCUAACUAUGUGCAUAUAACCUUUGUAUAAGUUGUGUCAAUGAAAAUGUAUGUGAAUGCUCCUCACAAGGGUUUUGAAAUAUUGCAACCUAGUAUAAGAAUUAUCAAGUCGAAUCAUCUCUUGGUAAAUUCCACACAGCACCAAUCAUAAUCAGACUGUAUUUUUUUCUUAAGGGCCGUUAAAUACUCAGAGUAUGAAUUGGAGCGAAGAAAUGCAGAAAAAUUCUCUCAAGGUUCAUGCAUUGAGAGACACAAGUUCUUGUAGCAUCUUCUACUGAAUUGAAAAUGUUGUAUACAAUAUAGAUAAAAAUCGAGCAGCUUCUGUCAACUUAUCGGCAAUCACCAACACUGACUAGGAGCAGAUAAUUCAGCUGCACAAGAAAACUGUUAGGCGCAGUAACUGAUUCUGUUCAUGGUUCAUUCGCCUUCUCCACGUACGUACGUCUUCCAUCCGCAUCGAAAACAUCCAGAGCACGUCCUCAAGCAUUGUUCAGGACUCGUUACUUACCUUACCUAACAGCUAUAGGCCUGAGGUGUCCUUUGCUGUAUCAAGAAUACGUCUCCACAUAACUCGGUCCAUGGCUGCUCGUCGCCAGCCACUCAAGGCACGGACGCUUCUGAGAUCACCCUCCACUUGAUUGAUCCACCUUGCUCGUUGCGCUCCUCUUCUUCUUGUACCAGUCGGAUUAGAUUCAAGAACCAUUUUCACUGGGCUGUCGUCCGACAUCCUUAUGACAUGCCCAGCCCAUCGUAGACGUCCGAUUUUAGCUGUCAGUACGAUGGGUGGUUCUCCUAGCAGCUGUUGCAAUUCGUGAUUCAUACGCCGUCUCCACGGUCCGUCUACCAUCUGCACUCCGCCAUAGAUGGUCCUCAGUACCCUUCUUUCGAAAAAAACGGGGCGUUGGUCCUCUGCCAACAUAGUCCAGGUCUCGUGACCAUAGAGAACAACCGGUCUAAUGAGCGUUUUUUAGAUGGUCAACUUCGUGCGGUGGCGUACUUUUCUCGAUCGAAGGGUUUUUCUGAGUCCAAAGUACGCACGAUUCCCUGCCAAAAUACGUCUCUGUAUUUCUCUGCUGGUGUCAUUGUCGGCGGUUACCAGUGAGCCCAAAUACACAAACUCGUCAACCACCUCGAUAUCGUCCCCGUCUAUCAAUAUUCGUGGUGGGAGGCGUAGUGUUUCUUCUCUAGAGCCUCUUCCUCUCGUGGAUUUUGUUUUCGACGCAUUUAUGGCCAGUCCGAUACGCCUAGCUUCAGCUUUCAGUCCGAUGUAGGUUUCCAUCAUCUUCUCAAGGUUAUGUGUUACAAUAUCAAUAUCGUCAGCGAAGCCAAAAAAUUGUACGGACUUUCGGAAGAUCGUGCCACUCGUGUCGAUCUUCGCUCUUCGAAUCACAUCUUCCAAGGCAAUAUUGAACAAGAUACAAGAAAGUCCAUCACCUUGACGUAGCCCUCUCCGAGAUUCGAAGGGACUCGAGAGCGUCCCAGAUGCUCGGACGUAGUACAUCACUCUAUCCAUCGUUGCUUUGACCAAUCGCGUCAGUUUAUCCGGGAAACCGUAUUCGUGCAUGAUCUGCCAUAGCUGUUCUCGAUCGAUUGUGUCGUACGCCGCUUUGAAGUCAAUGAAUAGGGGAUGCGUGGGUACGUUGUAUUCACGACUCUUCUGGAGUACUUGUCUUAUCGCGAAUAUGUAAUCCGCAGUGGCGCGGGCUCCAGUAAAUCUAGCUUGGUACGGCCCUACGAAUUCCUUAGCUAUUGGUGAUAGACGAUGACAAAGGAUUUGGGAGAGUACCUUGUAGGCGGCGUUGAGCAAUGUGAUUGCGCGGUAAUUGCAACAAUCUAGCUUAUCGCCCUUUUUGUAGACGGGACAUACCACUCCAUCCAUCCAUUCCUGCGGUAGAAUCUCCUCCUCCCAAAUCUUAGAAAUCAUUCAGUGCAGCGCUCUAGCCAGUGCCUCUCCUCCAUGUUCAGGACUCGUGCUCGUAGAGAAUAGCGGGUCUAAUCAGAGUUUCGGAGAUAGCUAACUUCGUACAAUGGCGAGUUUUGAAAAGCGUCCUGCGAAGGCCAAAUUAAGCACGAUUUCUUGAUAAGAUGCGUCUCGGAAUUUCUCUACUUAUCACCAGUCACCAGCACACGAGCACGCCGACCAUUCCGAUUUCAUCUCCGCCAAUCAGUACACGUGAUAGGAUGGUUUCUCUCGAGCCCCUGCCUUUCAUGUACUAUGUCUUUGAAACAUUGAUGUCAAGUCGGAUCCGUCUGGCUUCAGCAUCAUGCACAAAGUUGCGUGCUAUAAUGUCAAUAUCAUCAGCGAAUCCAGAUAACUGGACGGAUUUUCUGAAAAGUCUUGGCAUUACAUUCUUUUUGUGGAAUUUGGCCUCUCUGUUUCAACAGACUUCACAGCCGAUUCUUAACGUGCAGAAUCAUUGCAUGGCUAGUACUACGAUCCUACUGACACUAUAAAUCCUUCCAGAUCGAGUCAUAUGUUCGAUGUUUUUUUAUGCCAAAUGUCUUAGUAAUGAACUUCAGCAUGAACGUCGAGUUCGGGUGAAAUCUAAAAUUUUGUUUUUUAAGACUUAAACUUAAAACAAAUUUCGGGAUAACACCAAACCUCGACGUUUCAUGCAUUUCCAAGACAAAACAAAAAAAUCGCGUAACUUCGAACAUCCGUGUUAAAAAAAAAACGCGUCUUUUCAAAAAUACGCGUAAAAAGCAACCGCGUAAAAAACGCAUAUAAAUAACCACGCAAAAAAAGACCUCAGUGUAGCAGACACGAAAAUAUAUCAUCUUGCCGUAACCCUUUCUAAGACCAAUGCCAUCAGUAUUAUCUAGAACAGUACUAAAAAAUCAUUUUUUCAUUAACUCAAAACAGAUGAAAAUGACGAGCAAUGAAUGUCCCUUUCAGCUCCGCUAGCAAUUUAUGAGAACGAGAUCCCUGUCCAGUCAACGAUAUAAUCACUCUCAUUCUUGUUUACGUCCGUAUCGAUCAUACGACGAAACGGAUACUUUCGAACGAAUACGAAUAAACCAUUCUUGUUUUUACUCAAAAGAAUUCGAACGCGACUCGCAUGUCACAAAAUAUUAAAAUAUCGCAUGUAAGAAAAUAUUAAAAUUAAAAAUAUUAACUUCUUCAAAUACAUGCUAAGCCAUGUUGAAAUCACUCCAAAGCUUGUGAUUAACCCAUUCUCGUUUACGGACGAAUAGACGAAAUGCCGUGGUUUGAACUCGUCAGUUUGAUGUUGCGAAUAAACCGUUCGAAUACAUUGAAAACAGUCUAGCCGAUUUCCAACAAAUUUCUUUUCGAAAGUAAAGGUUAUUUGCAAUAAAAUGAUAAAUUUGAUUUAUAAAUAAAACAUUUAGAAAGCAUAGCAGUCAUAUAAAAAUACUUUCCGUUCGUACACAUUCGAGUUAAAACAAGAAUGAUAUGUUCGCAUUCGUUCGAAAGUAUGUGUUCGUCGAAUAGUCGAUACGGAAUGUACACAAGCAUGAUGAUACAAAAUCAGCGAAAAAACAAGUCAAAUAACAAAUGAUAUCAAUUAUUUUUCAUUACAACUUAAGGCUGUACCAGAACUGAUAGUUUAAAGUUGGAUGGGCAUUGUUCCUAUGCAUGUACGAUGUUUAAAAGUGUGAAUGAUUCGAACGUAAACGGGAAUACGAAUUUGAUAUACUUUCGAACGUAUCGCGUAAACAAGAAUGAGAGUGAAUAUAACGAAUUGAAAUUCGACUGAUUCAUCCUGCAGAAGGUUUUUUGGUUUCGCCUUGUAACGUUUGCAUUUUAAAAAAAAAUUGACAAAAAUUGCCGAUUUUUCAUGGGUUUUCUAACCGUGAUGGUAAAAACGGUGAAGCAACUUCGUUCAAAAGUGUGUGCGUUCAAGAACGACACUUCGCCGCGUCGAAAACGGACAUCGUGCGGCAUUUUAUGGUCACUUGAUACGCCCAUUCCGGUAUCUACAACAUCUCGGCAUCUGGCACCUUUAGACAACAAUCGGAGCAUCGAAUGAAAGCCCGGCUCCAGACAGCCGACGAGCCUGAGAAGAGUCUAAAAUGCAAAGCUUCUUUUUUAACAAUCAUUUGCCAGCUUCAGUUAAGAAAGUAAUGUGUAUCAUCUGCAAAAAAAUGCAAUACAAUGUGAAUAACGUUAUGACGUGAUUCAAAGUUGAGUUCCAUAAUCGAGCUAAUUUUAAUUAAAACAGAAAAUUAUUUGGCCGUAUUUACAUACAGAACGAUUGAUUCGACUCAAAAUUUAAUGAAGUCAGUCGAUGUUAAACAGUCGUUCCUCCUCACACAAAUAGUUCUUGGCCCUGGAAAAAAAAUUCUUUCUACCUAGAAUUGCAUUUCAUUCAAGGAUUCAGUGUUUUCCAAGGCUACAUGAAUCACUAACAGCCUUUUCUAAGGCUAAAAUUUAGUCAGUCUUUUUGAAGGCUCAACUAAUCAGUCUUUUUUCAAUACUAACACUAAAUCAGUCUUUCUCAAACGAAAAUAAAAAUUCAGAAUACUGCCGGGCUGAAUAAAUGAUAUAUAACACACUGAGGUCUUUUUAGGCGAUUUUUUAUGCGUGCACGAAUUUCCGAAGUAACGCGUUUUUUAUGCGGAUUUCCGAAAUUACACGAAUUUCCGAAGUUACGCGAAUUUGAAAAGCUAUCCGGUUUUCUUGUUUUGUCUUAGAAAUGCAUGAAACGUUGAGAUCUGUUGUUGUCCCUAAUUUUUUAAGUAAAAUUUCUGUUUUUUUCUUUUUUCAUUUCUUAGAUUACACCAGAUCUCGACGUUUCAUGCAUUUCUAAGACGUGUGGCAUCAAAAAAAUUUUUUUCGAUUUCGGAAAUCUCAAAAUUUUCCUACGUUCCUGCCGAUUUUUUUCAAAUUUUUGUCUGAAAUUACACCAGAUCCUGAUGUUUAUGAAAUUUUUAAGACAUUCGGCAUAGAAAAAAAAUUAUUCAAUUUUGCGUUAUUUUUUCUACACGGAUUCCCGAAGUUACGCGAUUUCGAAUUCUCAGUCUUAAAGUCGUUUUUUCCCAGUUUUUUUUUUUUUCAGAUUACACCAUAUUUCAACAUUUUCAUGCAUUUCUAAGACAUUUUGUAUUAAUACAAAAUUUUCAAUUUCGAAAAUCUCAGUCGAUUUUUUUGCGCGUCUCAUGUGCUGUCGUCGUCAGGCUCCUAAACCACACUCAUUACAGAAGGCAAUUCUCUGUGUUUGGUAGACUCAGAAAGGUGUAAAGAGCUUCUAAAACCUGCUGAAGCUGUUAAUACUAAUCGCCACAGAUAACAAAUGAAAGGAAAAACAGUUGACUAUAGAAGCUGCUACCCCAACCGCCGUAUUCAUCAGAUUUUGAUCCUUCCGACUACCAUUUGUUUUCAUCGAUGGGCCAUGCAUUGGCUGAGAUUGGCACAAACUGUUAUGUUGCUGAUUGUUGAAAAGGCGUUCAACUUUUUUUUCAGUAUUUUUAAAAAGUUCACAAUUGAUUUCCUACAACUUCUUCUUAGACACCAUUUUUUUUUGUGCAGGAAACGGUUUUUUUUAGUUUCAACGAUUUCGGAGGAAGUGCAUUCAUCCGUCCUAUUCGGAAGAAAGCCUUGAGUUUAUCCGUGAAUGUGCGAACCGUUAAAGCCGAGGUCAAAUAAACGAAAAGCCUUGUGUCGAAAUCCAUAUAAAGCAGAUAAUUUUCUAUAGUGAAGUCGUAUGCAAAGUUUCUUCCAAAUCAGACCAUGUAAAUUUAGAUGAUUUGUUAAUCAUUGUUAGAAUUGUUAAAGUCUUCGCUGUUCGCUAGCAUUCUCUCAUUAUGCUACAUCUACGUGAGGCAAGGAAACUUACUAUUUCGCAGUAAUACUGGUUCGUGUAGGAUUGAAUGGGUAACUAAUUCGUAUGCAUAGUGGAAGCCGUGUGUGCAUCUUCACUAAUUAUUACACGAUUGGCGUGACGAUAUGAUACAAACUUCCUAGAAUCUUUCUACCCUUGAAUAAUUCAGAAGGUGUGGUGUCUUAACAGGCAUAAAAGUUGUAGGUUUUGGAAUUUUUUUGCUAUGAAACAUUUAGGUUUCACAUGAGGAUAUGGACAACAAAAAAAUAGAAUUCACUUCAUUCGAUCGAAUUGAUAAGCUGAUGUUGUUUGCUAAGCGAAUCGUUCAAAACAGCAACAAUCCGGGGCGCUGGACUGAUUUGCAUAUUUGUACAAACACGUUUCGGCAAAGUCUGAUAAGAAUAUACUCAUUUGUAGGCGAUUGGAAUACAUUGGCUUCGCAUUUAGUUAAAUCUCUCAAACUUAGUGUGUAUCAGUGCUGAACUUAAAAACCAACAGAAACAACCCCUAAACCGUAAUCUUUUUAUAGUCCUUUGUUAAAUAUUGGUAUUCGAUAAUAUAACAUUUCUAAGCACAUCCUACAUCACACUGCGGUAAGGUAUCAUAGAAUGUAUAGUACAUACUAAAAAUAUCUUUGUAAUACAGUGUUUAUUGGAUCAUCCUAACACAUUAUAGAAGCAAUCGCAACCUGGCGAGAUACAAAUACCCAAACCGUAUGCCCCUUUUUUAGUCAGUCAGUCGGUCAGAUCUAAUCGGAAAAGAUUGAACGGAAUAAGAUGGAAAAAGAUCAGCGGUCUUCGUUACAUCUACUUCUAAGAUUGUGCAAAUACUAAUCAGCGUCAUGCAAUAUUUGUACAUUUGUUGGUUACUGUAUUAUAUAUGGUAUAUGAAUAUAUUUAAUUUAACACAGUAAAAGAUAUUUGUUAUAAGCACAUAACUCUCGAGAAGACAAGAAUGCAAAACAAUUUGGACAUUCUGGAGCGAAUGUGAGCGCGUGUGUGUGUGCAUGUCACAAUAGCCAUGUAAGAAGUUGCGUUUCAGUUGCUGGAAGAAAGAAAGGCCAAGUAUUUACAGUACGCUAAGUCUACCAUUGUAUAAGAAAGCUCAUUUGUCGCGCAUUAUUUUAAGUAUCUUGGCGUUUUCAAUCGGUCUAGAAUUGGUUCGAUUUUAAUGAACUUUGCCCUCAGUUUAGUCAGAAAUUAUUUUAGUCGUCUAGGCAGUAACGGGAAAAUAAUAAAACUGAACAAAUGAAGUCUUAAAUACAAACGAUCUGAUCAAUGAUCUAAAACCUUCCAAAA